AUCCGGUGUUGCAGGUGCUAAACUCUCCUACGUCAUCUUUGCUUCGUGCAGUGGCGCGCUGCCUUUUGUAAAAUUUGCAAGGUAACAGCUGAAGUGUUGAGAGAGAAGUUUUUGGAAAGAAGAGUACAGGAAAAGUGCACAAAGUUCAAAUAUUUAAUGUUGCACAUGUUGAGAUGAUGAAUAUGGCAGUGGAAAAUGGAUCAAGUCAGAAGCGACACAACCCAGUAGACAGCAUAUGCAGAAAAAUCCAGACAAUUCAAAGACUGGAUCAGGAGGCUAAUCCAACAUUGCAGAUCCCAAAAUUCCUAUCUCGUAACUUUGAUAGCCCACAGACUAAUCUAAAGAAAAACUUGGAAGUGAUACUCAAGAACAGGACUAUAAAAGAUGAAAAGGACUUGCUAUUCUUUUCAAGCCCUGAUUGUGACAAAUUAAACUACAGGGAAACGCCAGACAAAUCAUCUUGCCUUCAGUGGAGUAUAGAUAGCCGGUCUCCUGCUAAUGCCACCUAUACCAUCUCUAGUAUGAAAGCUGACCAGUCAACACUUCCUUGGCCCUGGACACGCAGUUGUUCUACUCCUGCCAACCUGCCCAGGGAGAGUUGCUUCACUUUCCAACAGUCUUCCAUCGGCAACAAUGCAGAGUGCAAAAGUAUAUUUUUCGAUAAAGUGGAUAAUUUGGGAAGUCCAAUGCUUUGUAACGUGAGCUCUCGUGUACAUUCACAAAAAUCCCGCCAGUCUUUUGUUGUUAAAAGGCUUUCCCUAGGAGAAGAUACAGCUUCUAGAACAAGAACUGAGAGCAGAAUUGAUGGCUCUACUGAAGUAAGCUUAAUUUCAGAAGAGGAUCUUCUUGAUACCAUUUUUCAUGCUUGUGACACUCGGCGCAGAGGAAAGGUCGUUGUGUCCAGAAUUGUGGAUUAUCUUCGUCAUACAACCAGCCGAGGAUCUGAGGACAGUGGUCUGGAGGAGCUAUGCAACAUGCUGGACCCAGAGCAUAGGGACAUCUCUAUUGACCUUGACACUUAUCGUGCUAUAAUGAAGGAGUGGAUUGAGGACUGCAGGAACAAAGGAAACACAAGUCUAGCAGCAAGCACAACUGGAGAGUCCUCCCAAAUAUUGAGAGAAAAUCUGCUACCAGCAGCAAGAUCUGUACCAUUGAAUGUAACCAUUGGAAGUUUAGAAGCAUUUGGAGGUGAAGUCUCAAGAGGAGAUUUAGAGACCUCUGACUUGGUUUACUGUGUUGCUGAUCUUCAGUUCAAUAACCAAAAACUGCUAGAUGAGAUGAGAAAGAUGAAACAUGCUGUGGAAACAACUGAAGAAGCAAAUCACAAACUGGUUGAAGAGAUAGAGAAACUCCGUGCUCAUGCAAGAAGUGGUCAGCAGGCUGUAACAAAAAUGAAGGAACUGAAAGAAGAACUUGAGGAGCUGAAGGUAAACCUGAGCCAAGCAGAAGAGAACAGAGUCAAAAGUGCUGCUCGUAGUAAACAAUUGGAAAAGGACAACCAGUCUCUUAUCAGUCAAAUAAAUUUGCUUGAAGAAGAGAAUUUCAGGAAUACAGAGAAUAUCAAUAGCCUGCAAAAGAAACUGAAUGAUUUGUGCAACAUCAAUGCUGAUCUUCAGGUGCAAAUUCAUUCCUUGGAUAGUGUUCUUAGUGAAAAGAAUGUCCUACUGCGUAAUAAAAAUACCCACAUUGAAGAACUUCGUGGUACAAUUUCUGAAUAUUCUUCACUAAUAGAACUACUGAGGAAUGAAAAGAAUAAACUUGAGACUCGCAUCCAGUUAGUGCAGCAGGACCUUGCAACGAGGACAAUGGGCAUCUCUGGAGUUUGUGUACUUAACCGCACCCUUUCUGGAUCCCUUCAUAGUGAGCUGACACUUGCCCAACAGUCACCUGAGCCUUAUGGAAAAGAAAGAACAUCAAUAUCGUCUUUGGAUGAAACUUUGGACCGAGAUAUCUUUAUGUUUUUACAAAGUCCUGAACCGGACCAAAUGUGUGCUGAAUUUAAGAACAUCAUCCAAAAAUUGACUAGUGACUUUUCUCAAGAUGCUGGUGUGGUGGCAGCAUAUUUCAAACACCUAACUGAAACGCAAAUAGGAAAUGAAGUACAAAAGAAGACACUUGAGACUCUAACAAGAGAAAUGGAAGAGAAAAGAGACACUUGGAUCCAAAAUCUUCAACAGCUGGAAAGGCACAAAUCCUCACUUGAAAAGGAAUUGCUUAAAAUGGGAAACAGCAUACAAGGGUCUAGAGCAGAAAUUGCCACCUUGAAGAAAGAUCUGUCUUCCAGGCUACGAGAACUGGAGGCUCAGAAGCGCCUGCAAGAGGAAGCAGAAUAUUCUGUGAAAAGCCAUUGUGAGAUGAAAGAAGCUGCAAGUCAAACAGAGCCAGCAGAACUCGGGGUAGAGCUUCCAAAUGUACCAGAAGAGGAGACUAGAGGAUGUGAACUAAUGGGAUUGACUUCCAGCAGCCCAGGACUUGUGGAUAAUCAAUCUUCCCUGUUGCUUGGCUGUCAAGCACUGCAAAAUAACUUCAAGGACAAGUUUAACCCUGCUUAUUCAUCUGAAGAGGCUUUGUCUUCUGGACACAUCUGCCAGGAAACCAAAUUGGAUCAUAUGGGUGAUGCUGAGCAACUGAUCACUAGUGGCGUUCCAGAAGAAGCCUUCGUGCGAAAUAAAGUUGAAGUUGAUACUGGAAUCGGUGAAGUUUCAGGAGACAGACAACUCGUUGAUGGUGACCUCCAAAGUCCUGAUAAAAGCAGGGUGAGCACAGAAAAACUGGCUUCACAAACUACAUUUAAAAUAAAUUUGGCAAUGGUAAAGAACAUGGAUGCUAUUCAGGAGAAUGAAGGACAAAUGUGCGGGAGCUCUUCUAUUUCAGAUAAAGAUUCAUCUGUCACUGAAAAUGAAACUCCGAAUGAAGCUUCUGCAUCCAAAAAUGACAAUGGGAGUGCAUCUCCAAAUGACCUCAAUGACAAGGAAAUUGAGGCUGAAUUUCAUCGAUUAUCACUGGGUUUUAAGUGUGAUAUGUUUACUUUGGAGAAGAGGUUAAGAUUGGAAGAAAGAUCUAGGUAUCUGGCUGAAGAGAAUUUGAAGAAAGAAGUUAACAGUUGUAAAGAAUUAAUUGAGGCUCUGGGCCCUUUUUGUAAGGAUAGCAAUCAGACUGGAGAAAUCCUUGACAGACUCCAUAAAAACAUUGAUGUUCUUAUGAAGUCUAUGAAUCGAGUUGCAACAAACUCUGAAAUGCUUGGAGCAAUUCACCAGGAAAGCAGAGUCAGCAAAGCUGUGGAAAUCAUGAUUCAGCAUGUGGAGAAUCUGAAACGAAUGUAUGCAAAGGAGCAUGCUGAACUUGAGGAGCUGAAACAGAAUCUUCUGGAGAAUGAGAGGUCAUUUGGCUCCUACUUAGACAGAGAUAAUCUGGGGGGUAAGAAAUUACCAAAUUCUCAGUUUAACAAGUCUAACUCUCAAAGACGAGUAAGCAUUGCUGCAAUUCCCAGAAAUGUUGGAAAUGCUGUUCUUUUUGAACUGCCUAAGCUCCAUGAAACUGUAGGAGGAGAUGUGCAGCCCAGACGGCCUCAUACAUGGAAAGGGCUGGGUGGAAAGCAAUACACUCGCCCCACAUUACAGCGAUUCAUUAGCACGUCCACAUGGGCAGAGGCCGGUGAGCUCUCUUUAAACAAAGGGCCUGAACAAGAAACAGAAAUCACUCCAACAGUGGAAAAGCGAGAGGAAGUACAGGAACGAAAAGCAAGCCUCUCAGAAAAGGGGAAUAAAAUAUCAAUUGCCUCCACAAUCUAUAACAGCCUGUUUUCACAUAUCGCUGAUUACAGACAGAAUUUCACUAAACCCACCAAAGGACUUUGGAUCUCUCUGUUUAUGAUUGUGCUGUUUGCUGCCUUUAUUGGCCUUAUUGCAGGAUUUGCCUUGCAGCCAGCUGCUGAUGCUGCCCCCGUCGGGACAGGUGACUCCUGGGUAGCGAUACAACAGCUUUUAUGGCCUUACACUGGACUUCGACAUCACGGUCAGCCUCCUGUUUAAUUAUAAUCCCUUCUUGGGAAAUGUUCACUUUUUUUUGGUCCACUUAUUUAAACCAUUUUUGUUUUAUUGAAGAACUGGAGACACCUUAUUCCUAGUUUGUGACUUUACUAAAUUCUAUAUACACAAAACACUGUAAUUCUAAAAUAAUGUUAAAGAUACAUUACACAGAAGAUGUAUAUAUUCAGUGCUCUUAAUGUUUGGAGGAAUAAAGAAAUCCUUAAAUUGUCAA